AUGGCCAACUUCAAAGGCAACUUCUCGCCCUACGCCCCACGCCGCCGCCGUUCCCCGCUUGUGGUCCUCACCUGGGUCGCAGUCUGGCUUACCGUCCUGACGCUGACGUGGUGGUUCACGACCGGGCGGUCUGCCGGCAUAUCAGCGGCGGACAGGGAGUUUGCGGACGCCGUGAUCAAGGGCAAGGAGAUCCCCCCCGAAGCUGGUGCUUGA